AUGACGUCCCCGACGCUUGAUGAAGUGGAGGUUAUGACCGACUUGGCCAGUGUCACCUAUGGAGCGCGUGUAUUGUUUGCCACGGAUGAGUGGUUUGCUCCUGCAAGUCGUCUGCUGCUUCUUGAACCCCCAAUCUUUAUCACCGAUAAGUUCACGAGUUUCGGCAAAUGGAUGGACGGCUGGGAGUCACGACGCAAGCGAACGCCUGGUCACGACUGGUGUGUGCUGGCACUAGGGAUGCGCGGUGCGGUAGACGUCGUGGACGUGGACACCGCCUUUUUUACGGGCAACCACCCGCCGCGUAUAUCCAUUCAAGCUGCGGAUUUCACCCAGGGCUGUGACCACGGUGCUGAGACUGCAUUGCGAACCCUCACGGCUAAAACUACGAGAGAUCGCGCCAUGGGAGUUUCCACGACACACGAGGAACUCAAGCUGGUGGAACAGCUUAAGUCCUUCGAAUGGACGGAGAUUGUCCCGCCCACAAAUCUCAGAGCUGGAUACGUUGAAACCCGCCACAAUUUGCUGCAAGUGACACUUUCCAAGAGAGGGCCAUGGACGCAUAUUCGACUUAACAUGUUCCCAGAUGGAGGAAUCGCACGUCUGCGAGUGUUUGGUGAGGUGGUGAUCGACUGGAAGCACAUUCAGGUCUCUGAGAUGCUUGAUCUGGUGAGCAUUGCACACGGAGGGAAGGUUGUCGGCUAUAGUGAUGCGCAUUAUGGCCAUCCACGCAAUUUAAUGGCACCAGGACGAAGUAAGACGAUGGCUGGAGGAUGGGAAACUGCUCGCAAGGUGACACGUCCUGCGAUUUUGAAGGCGGACUUGAAUUCUGGGCUGCUAAACGUGCCUGGUAAGGAUUGGGUUGUGCUCAAGCUGGGGCAUUUGGGCAUAAUUCGACAGGUUGAGGUGGAUACGAACCAUUUCAAGGGCAACUUCCCGGAGAGCUGCAUGAUGUACGGCACGCGAUACUAUAGUGACAACGCAGAAGAUAAUCUACUGAAGGAUAGAGCUAUCAAGUGGAAAAUCGUGCUGCCUCGUGUGAAGCUGAAAGCACAUACGCAACACUAUUUCUCCGUCGCGGAAGGUGACGUGAAUCUGAUCCCUGCUGGGGUCAAUUACGUCAGGCUCGAAAUGUUCCCCGAUGGAGGAAUCAGCCGUCUUCGCUUGAUUGGCAACAAGAAAGAUGUUGCAGCUCACCUAUAA